AUGGAGUACGACCCCAUGAAUCUGGACGGAAAUGGCGAGCUGGCGCCAAAGCAGAUGGAGGUCAAGAUCACAGAGGCAGACAAUCACCAUGUCAACUUCAACCUUGCCAAUGUCGAUCUCUCCCUUGCAAACGCCCUGCGCCGAGUCAUCCUCGCCGAGAUACCGAUCAUGGCUAUCGACCUGGUCGAGAUAGAGGAGAACAGCAGCGUGCUGGCCGACGAAUUCAUUGCGCACCGCCUCGGCCUGCUGCCGCUAAACUCCAAGAAUGCCGACGAUGUCCUCUAUACCCGUGACUGCGAAUGCGAACAGUACUGCGAAAUGUGCAGCGUCAAGAUCACCCUACAUGCGAAGUGCACCACCGAGGGUGAAAUCAUGAAAAUCUAUGCCCGCGACCUCGUUGUCGACCCUAUGCGCCCCAACGAGUGGGUUGGCAACCCCGUCAUCACAGACCCAGAUGGCCAGGGACCGUUGAUCGCGAAACUGCGAGAGGGUCAGGAGUUGAAGUUGACAUGCAUUGCAAAGAAGGGAAUCGCAAAGGAGCAUGCAAAGUGGGCCCCUACUGCGGCUGUUGGAUUCGAAUACGACCCGCACAACAAACUUGGUCACACGGACCUGUGGUUCGAGGGAAAGGGCGAGGGCGCAAGGCCUGAGCACGAGUGGCCGGAGAGCAAGUACGCCGCGUUUGAGGAACCGCCCCAGCCCGGUGAGGUAUUCAAGUUUGACGCUGUCCCCGAGAAGUUCUACUUCGAGGUCGAGAGUGCCGGUAACCUGGAGCCGGACGCCAUCAUCCAGCAAGGCAUCAUGGUCAUGCAGCAGAAGCUUGCUGGCUUGAUACAUGGUCUGAGUGAGGGCGAUAACGCUGGUGACUACGGCGGUCCUCGCAGCCCCGAUGGCAUGAACGGCGGUGAUCCCUGGCAAGAUCAGGGCUACACCACGCCCUACGGCACCGGUGACUUCGGGGGAGCCACUUCCUACGGCACCACUACGCCCUACGGCAAUCCAGGACAGAAUGGCUAUUAG